AUGUGGAGUUUAUGGAAGCAUAGGAAUCUUAUGGUGUGGGAGAAUAAGAAUGAGUUGUGUGCCAUGACUGUUGAUCGAGUGCGCGUAAUGAUGGAAGAAUGGAAACUCGCGACUGCUAACUGCUCCACUCCUACACAGCAGAAUGUGCAUUUGCAGGCUUCAACUGCUACUGCACAGCAGAUUGUGCAUCUGCAGGCUUCGGCUGCUACUGCACAGCAGCGUCCUGCGCACCUACAGCAACUUCCUAUGGCUGCUUCAUAUUCUGCUACAUGGCAGCGGCCAUCCCAUGGUCGUCUUAAGUUCAAUGUGGAUGUAGGUUUCUCAACGGCUAAGAACAGAACCGAAAUAGGCAUUUGUGUGCGAGAUGAUGACGAUGCUUACGUGCUUGCUAAAGCAAUCAGCUUCAACAUUGUGCACACGGUCCGGGUUGGUGAAGCUUUGGGUUUAUACCAUGCUUUGGAAUGGCUAAGUGAUAUGCAAUUCGACAAUGUAGAUUUUUCGACGGAUUCUAAAAUUACCAAUGAUGCCUUUCACUCUCAUAAAGAUGACCUCUCCGAGUUUGGACAUAUCAUUUCACCCAGUCAAGCUCUCUUCUCCACUCACUUUACAAAUUCUCAGGUUGAGUUCACUAGGCGACAAGCGAAUGCGGCAACUCAUGCACUUGCAGGGGAGGCCACUUCUUUAGCUAGUCCCGUCAUUUAUUUUAAUAUCCCGCGUUGUAUAAAUAAUAUCAUCUUUAAUGAAAUGCUAUAA